AUGUUUCGCGCUAUUAUUCGUGCUCGUCCGGUGAAACAAUUUGUGGAAUGUCGAGCGGCUUAUUCUACACCUGAAAGUAUCAUUGAUUUUGUUGAUAGCGUUGCGGAAACCUCAGAAUCACAGGUAAACGAAUUCUCAUGGAAAAAUCAAAAAAAUCAUGGAGUUUUUGCAGAAUAAAUCGUUUGCCUCGCUUCUCCGACACUCGAAAUUCAUGCAACUCGGCGAUUUUAAUGGGCGGCUUGUUGUGGGAAAGAUUGCGCAACGAAUUCAAGAUGAUUUAUACAUUGAUUUUGGUUUGAAAUUCAACGCAGUUUGCAAGGCACCAAGUGUUGGAUCAGAGUAGGGAAAUAUUCGGCGAAACUAUAAAGUUCAAUAAUUUUCAGGUCUUAUCGAAGUGGCGCGCGAGUUUUGAUACGAUUAUUAGAUCCAGAGUUGAGUGAGAGAUUUUUGGGGUCAAAUAAAGAUCUAACUCUCCUCGAAGCUGAUGCAGUGCUCGUCAGAUUGCUUUCAAACACAAAUAUCGCCAGAAAACCUAAAGUUCCAGCAGAAAAAGAAGCAGAUAAACCUGAAAUUCCUGCAGAAUAA